AUGACUCCGACGUGCGAACCGUCAAUGACCUCGCGGCUUAUUCGCACGCUUUCGCCAAACAACCCUCAAAACUAUGAUACCAUCGUGGGACUGCUCUACGUCCCUGAGCUCCCGGCGGCCAACCCAUGCGACAACUCGACUAGAGCCCUGAUACCUACGAAUGUAACCACCCGUGCCGAUCUCCCUCCCGGAACGUGGCCAUUGUUUGCUUUGGCACCAUGGACGGAGCCAGCCUGUGUCCUCUCCUACCUGACUGUGAUGCGCGACGACGGGGUCAAUGGAGCCUUGUUUUUCCAUCCGGGUAACGAUAAUGCGCAGCCGCCUCCGGUAAGCGACCCAUCAUGGAGUCUGCAAGAUGGCGGCCAGUGGAAGUCGGCCAAUCCCUACCCAGUGUACGCGGUGCCAGGGAUGCUGGGAUCCUACCUGCUCAAUCUACUGGUGCAAUACUCAGGGAACAUAUCACAAAUUCCCAAUGGUCACGAAUUGGUCGAGAUGUAUGACCCCCACGACACGAUUAGAGUCUCCGCCCUGAUGGCCAUCACCUCCUCAUCCAACGGCAUACCUUCGUUGUGGGUUUUCUUGAUAAUUGUUCUAGCUGUCCUGCUCGCGGUUGUCAUGGCCACAUCUAUUGUCAUGCACAUGAUCCAACGAAGACAUAGACGCCGUCUCCAGCUUAGAGUGGCGAAUGGAGAGGUUGAUCUUGAGGCACUAGGAAUCAAGAGGCUCAACGUACCUCAAGACAUUCUGGACAAGAUGCCCCAGUAUACUUACACGUCCAAAACGGAACAAGGCCAGGCCACACCAGACGAGAUUGCCAAUCCCAAGGAGAAGACUGCCGUCGAUGGAGUUACGCCUGGGCCUGCCACCCACGAAGUGCAUUUCUCUCAACCGACUUGUCCGAUCUGCCUCGAAGAUUUUGUGGGCGGAGAGACGACGGUCCGCGAACUUCCCUGCAAUCACAUUUUCCAUCCAGAAUGUAUCGAUCCCUUCCUCCGGAACAACAGUGACAAACCUCAUGGUCCGAAGAGAAAGAUUGAUCAGAAGGACAAGGCAGCGCAAUUCACCUGA